AUGCUUAUUUUUUCUACUGGGAACCCAAUAUACGAAACUUACUACAAACAGGUAGAUCCAACAUACACAGGGAGAGUUGGGGCAAGUGAAGCUGCUCUGUUUCUUAAAAAAUCUGGUCUCUCUGAUAUCAUCCUUGGAAAAAUAUGGGAUUUGGCUGACCCAGAGGGGAAAGGAUACUUAGAUAAACAGGGUUUCUACGUCGCUCUGCGCCUCGUGGCCUGCGCCCAGAACGGCCACGACGUCAACAUGAGCAGCCUCAGCUUGACUGUGCCACCUCCUAAAUUCCAUGACAGUAGCAGUCCUUUGCUGAUCACACCCCCUUCAACAGAGACUCACUGGGCUGUCAGGGUGGAAGAAAAAGCAAAGUUUGAUGGUAUUUUUGAAAGCCUUUUGCCAGUAAAUGGUUUACUUUCAGGAGACAAAGUAAAACCAGUACUGAUGAAUUCAAAGCUACCUCUCGAUAUCCUCGGAAGGGUCUGGGAUCUCAGUGAUAUUGAUAAAGAUGGUCACCUGGACAAGGAUGAAUUUGCUGUGGCAAUGCAUUUGGUUUAUAGAGCUCUUGAGAAAGAGUCAGUCCCUUCACAAUUGCCCCCUUCUCUCAUACCACCUUCUAAAAGAAAGAAGAUGCCCGUGUUCCCUGGAGCAGUUCCUGUUCUCCCUGCAAGCCCCCCGCCCAAGGACAGCCUCCGUUCCACCCCCUCCCACGGCAGUGUCAACAGCCUGAACAGCACGGGGAGCCUGUCCCCCAAGCACAGCAUCAAACAAGCACAGCCAGCUGUGAACUGGGUGGUGCCAGUGGCUGAAAAAGUGAGAUACGAUGAGAUUUUCUUAAAAACGGACACAGACAUGGAUGGGUUUGUGAGUGGCCAAGAAGUAAAGGACAUUUUUAUGCAUUCAGGUCUGUCUCAGAAUCUCCUAGCACAUAUAUGGGCUUUGGCAGACACGAGGCAGAUGGGGAAGCUCAGCAAAGACCAGUUUGCACUUGCCAUGUAUCUCAUUCAACAGAAGGUCAGCAAAGGGAUUGAUCCUCCCCAAGUGUUAUCCCCAGAUAUGAUCCCUCCCACAGAGAGGAACACUCCCAUCCAGACUCUGUCAGGUUACUUGACCCCUGUAGGAACUGAGAUCUCAGCCCUCUCAGAGAUGCGGCGUGACAGUGCAAGUUCUGUUGGAUCAGGAGAAUUCACAGGAGUGAAGGAGCUGGAUGAUAUUAGCCAAGAAAUCGCUCAGCUGCAGAGAGAAAAGUAUUCACUAGAGCAGGACAUUAGGGAAAAAGAAGAAUCAAUCAGACAGAAAACCAAUGAAGUUCAGGAACUGCAGAAUGACUUAGACAGGGAGACAAGUACCUUGCAGGAGCUGGAGGCUCAGAAACAAGAUGCCCAGGACAGGCUGGAUGAGAUGGACCAGCAGAAAGCCAAGCUGAAGGAUAUGCUCAAUGAUGUCAGGCAGAAAUGCCAGGAAGAAACCCAGGUGAUUUCAUCACUGAAAAUGCAGAUUCAAUCUCAGGAAUCAGAUUUAAAAUUACAGGAAGAUGACCUCAACAGAGCAAAAGCAGAGCUGAACCGCCUGCAGCAGGAAGAGACUCAGCUAGAGCAGAGUAUCCAGGCUGGAAAAGUGCAGCUUGAAACAAUAAUCAAAUCUUUAAAAUCAACACAAGAAGAAAUAAACCAGGAUGAUCCAUUUAAGAACAAAGCCUUGAUGUUUACCAAUAAUACACAAGAAUUGCACACAGACCCAUUCCAGUCAGAAGAUCCUUUCAAAUCUGACCCAUUUAAGGGAGCAGACCCCUUCAAAGGCAACCCCUUUGGAGGUGAUCCCUUUAAGGAGAGUGACCCAUUUCGGAGCUCUGCCCCCGAGGAUUUCUUCAAGAAGCCAGUGAAGAGCGACCCAUUUACCUCAGAUCCAUUCACAAAGCCCCCUGCUUUACCCUCAAAGCCUGACCCUUUUGAAAGCACUGAUCCUUUUACGUCUUCCAGUAUCUCUUCAAAAGGUCCAGAUCCAUUUGGAACACUGGAUCCAUUUGGAAGUGGUGCUUUCAGUAGUGGGGAGGGAUUUGCAGACUUCAGUCAGAUGUCAAAGUCAGCAGCUCCUGACCCCUUUGCCUCCUCUUUUGGAGGGGUGGGAUUUUCAGAUGACCCUUUCAAAAGCAAAUCAGACACACCAGCGUUACCACCCAAGAAAAAUGUCCCUCCACGGCCCAAGCCACCCAGUGGUAAAAGCACUCCUGUCAGCCACCUUGGGCCUGCAGAUUUUCCCAAGCCCCAUGAUCCAUUCCAGCCAUUUGGGGCUGACAGCAGUGACCCCUUUCAAAGUAAAAAGGGGUUUGGGGACCCAUUUAGUGGAAAAGAUCCAUUUGCUCCCUCCUCUUCAAGUAAAACUUCUAAAGACUCUUCCUUGGGGUUUGCAGACUUCAGCUCUUUUGGAAAUGAGGAGCAGCAGCUGGCCUGGGCCAAGAGGGAGAGUGAGAAAGCAGAGCAAGAAAGACUGGCCCGGUUGCGGAGACAAGAACAAGAAGACCUCGAGCUGGCCAUUGCCCUCAGUAAGGCUGACAUGCCAAACUCCUAAAGAGGGGCUUGGGCUCCACCCCAUCCAAGAGAAACCUUGGAAAAUGGCUUUUGGUAAAAAUACUAAACCCUUGGUUUCUGUUGUGAAAAUAAUUUUAGUCACCUUCAGAUUUAAACAAGACCUGGCUGGGGGCGUCCGCCCGGGCUCUGUGUGGCUUCUCUCAAGUGCAUAAUCUGCAGGAAACACUGUAAUAAGCUGUAUUAUAUGUUCUAGAUAAAAAUUUAUUGCUUGUAAGAAAUGUAACGUAUAAUCCUGAGAUACUGAAAGUUUUCUUUUCUCUGGGGGACAAAUGUUGCACAUUAGGAAAUUGCAACGUGUGAACCUGGCUUUUUAUAACCUGAAUUCCAUUGGGGGUUUGGAGGCUGCAGGAUGAACUUCAAAGAAAAUGUCAUAAAGAAGAGAAUAUUUACAGAAUUAGCUUUCACUUGUUACGUUUAUUUAAUAAUUCAUGGUAGCCUAAUCAGUUUGUCACCUGCAUCAUCUGUGUCAAAGCAUAAAUUCAUUAUUAGAUGGUCCCUUUUAAUCCAGAAGAUGUGGCUUUUACAAAAGAAUCUAGCAGUUUAUAUAUGAUGGAUGCAAACAGUGAACUGUGUAAAAGAGUACAGACUUGAAGCCUUUAUGAAUGGGUGGUUCUGAUUUAAACAUUUGUUUGUGUUGAGUUUUAAUAAUUGUACGUGAGGUGGUAAAAGAGGGAGUUCAUUCAGCUGCAGGAAAUUGGAUAAAUCAUUUGGCAGUUAAAUUAUGAAGUGAAAUUUUGCUGUAUCAUGAGCAAAGGGUGGUGAUACACGUUUGGGUGCUGCUUUCAUGUGAAAUCAGGAAAUCAAGCAAUGGAAAAAUGGCUGAGUUUGAGGAGUGUCCAUCCCUCCAACCCAUUGUACCCUCAUUUACUCCAACAGCCUGGGCUGUGUCCCUGCCUCUGCUUCUUUAAUUCCACCAGUCCUGUGGGGUUACAGAUCAGACCUGAUUUAGCUGAAUCAGUUUUUCUUUGCCAAAUACAUAUUCACACACAAGUUCUGGCAGCACUGGUGGUCUGGGUUGGCUCUGAAAUCCAGUUUGCAGCCCCCAGAGCAGGCAGGGACAGGUUUUCUAUGCACUGACUGCUUCCACCUGGAAAGGGCAGCACAGCAUGUGUCUGACAUGUCAGACAAGAAAAUAAGGCUGUGAAUUCUUUACUUACUAAAAAUGCCUUUUCUGAUUACAGGAAUUCUAAAGCUACAGUUGUCUUUGCCUUGGACUUUUCUGUCUCACAGAGUAGGGAACCUACCACAACAUUUUUACGUGUCCUCAGUCUUAUUUCCUGCCCUGUGGGAAUACAAAGCUUAACAUUCUGGGGUUUUAGUGAUGCAGCCCUUAUCUUACAACAUUUUCUCAGUUUUUUGGGGGUUUUUUUGU